AUGGCCAAUUCUGUAAAUAUAUCAAUUGAGGCGCCCAUUGAGAAUCAAAUACAAGAAAUUACUUACGAUGGUCAGGAGAUUUACCAAGCGCCCCUAUCUAUGUCAGAAAACUUGGCUAGAUUAGCUCAAAAAAUAGAUUUCUCUAAAACUGAUGAUGAAUAUUGUAAUAUAAAGAAAGAGGGUGAAAGCAGUGUUGAUGUUAAAUCUGAAGAAGAUAAGGACCCAGGGUAUCAGUCUAGUUUGUGGCCAUGGGAUUCAGUAAGAAAUAAGCUCCGGAAUGCUUUGACUGAAGUGUCAGUAUUGGCUGAUGUUCUCAGUAUUGCAAAGGAAAAGAGAUACAUGGUGUUAGAUCCAAUUCAAGCAGAACAGCCAGAAAGUCGACCUAUGGUGCAGGUAUAUGGCAGAAAAAAGGCACUAUCAGCUGCUGGUGCUGUCCUUCUAAAUGGUGUGGAGCGCCUAAGGGCGAGCGAGACUAUGAGAAUGACAAGAAACAUGCCAGACUUUCAUAUUGAUUUGUUAAGGGUUCGACAAAACUGGAGAUUAAAAAAAGUAUCUAAUACUAUUGUUGGAGAUUUGAGUUACAGAACAGCAGGAUCUAAAUUUAGCCAGACUGGUGUAUUUGAGGUAACAAAAGCUCCAGAGGAUCAAAUAGCUCAAGCAAUGAGUUUAAAUGCAUCUGGACCUGUACCUUCUGCAUUACGUGUUACAGUACCACCAGAAUUACAAGGUGUAGCCUUCAUUUCAGUUCGGUGUCAGAAAGAGCAAGAAGAUGUAGUAACAGCUACUAUAAGUUCCUCAGCAAUAAACUGUCCAGGAACUCUCCUAGGUGAUGGUGCAGAUUUACAUUGGCAACAAAAACUAGAAGCUGCUCAAAAUGUUCUAUUUUGUAAAGAAUUAUUUGCAAGAUUAGCAGCUGAGGCUGUUCAAUUGGAUGCGUCAAUACCGCAUAUGGUUGUGGGUAAUCAGAUUAUGGCAACGGUUUUACCAGGAAUUCAGUUGUUAAUUAGAAUUUGUCAUAAUAAUAGACAAAAUACUGGAAGCAACUCUGAUAAUGUUAAGAGUGAAGGUACAUCAAACAGCAAGUCAGACCACGAUCACGUAUUAGAACAUUCCCUCCACCAAUUGUUACGCACAGUGCAUCACUCGAACACGCAUCAUCCCUUCCCGCAUCCCGCCACAGGACCACUAGGACCAUCUAAACGAAGAUCACUUGCUGGUCCAAUGGCGGCAGACAGACACGAAUUACUAGAAAUGACAAAAGAGCAGUCUUUAUUGGAACAAAUAAUCCAACAAGCGCAGCAUUUCUUUAUGCGCCGGCGCAGCGAAUAUGUCCUCGAUACAAUUGCUAAAGAGGUGAAAGAUCCACUUAUAGUAUCUCACUGGAAUGCAUUGAACAGUCCUACACAGUCAUGUGUUAAAAUCAACAUCAUUGCUAACGGCUACGACGCCGUAUGUCGAACUUCAUUGGUGGUGGUUGUUGGUGAGAAAACAUUAAAAUGUAUUUGCCGGGAUGGGAAGUUGAGGCAUCUGUCCUACGAGUUACAAGAGCUGAGAGAUCUUAUGUAUUGUCAGGUGUACCAGCAUCAGAUGACAGGUGUUCAAGCAGUAGGCCGGUGUAUGGGCUGGCAGUUGUUGGCCAGCAGUUCACAUCUGGGAUCUGGUCCUGUGGAGCCACUUGGCAAUGCAUCUUCAUGCCUAUUAGCUUCCCCAAAUGGUGACCGAAUGAUAGCAAUUAGGUGUGAACCUUCUGUUGGAAUUCAAGUAUUUAUAGCUCAAUCACCCAAGAAAGAUUUUUAUGUAAGUGAAUUAGUUCAAGACAAGAAAUGGGAGAAUCUCGGAGGAGCUUUCAAAGAAGUGAAACUAGAAAAAAUGGAGGGAAAAAACUUCCUUAACAAAAUGGAAUUGCUCAUGGCUUGUUUGAGCAGUCCAUCCUAA